CAGUGCGCGACAAGAGUGCGCUUACUCGUUCUGAAGCGCCUGCGCAGUCCAGUGGCGAGCUUUUAAGUUCUAGCGGGGUGGGUGAGGGAGAAGUUUCCCCGCUCCGCUGCUGAGGACAAUUAGCGAUGGAGGGAGGGGCGGCCGCCCGGUGGCUGCGGCUGCGGCGCCGCCGCUUCUUCUGGACGCUUUGUCUGCCUUGUCUCUUCUUGCUGUGGGACUGCCCGGCGACGGUCGCGAAGGAGCCUGUGCCGCCUUCGCCGGCUCCCGUUCUGUCGUGCACUGAUUUUACCAAAAAGACAUGUGAAGAGUGUGUAAAAAACACAAAAUGUCUUUGGUGCAGUGAAAAUUCCACUUGUAUGGACUACCCUGUAAGCAAACUCAUUCCAUCAUCCUCACUUUGUGAACUCACAGAGACUUACUGGGGAAUCUGCUGGGUCAACUUUGAGGCCAUUCUCAUCACCAUAGGUGUGGUAGCAGGUGUUCUUCUACUUCUUAUAAUAUGCUGCUGCUGCUACUGCUGCAGAAGACGUAAUCCUAGCAGGAGACUAGCUGAAGAAGAAGAAAGAUUUAUCAAAGAUCGGGAAGAAAAAAGAAUGCAGUCCCUUCAGCGAAAACAUGAAAGAAAAGCCAAGCACGAUGAGAUACGCAAGAAAUAUGGUCUUCUCCAGGAUUCUGACCAUCCAUACAGCAGAUACGAGAAUGAAUGAAAACAGAUAGUGCUUUGUCCUGUUUAAAAAAAUGUGAAGGUUGCUUUCUUGUUUAAUUUUUAGGUCUCCAAAUAUGUUUAUAAAUUCAUAAUAGAAUAUGUUGUUUGUUUUCUUUCUUCUGCUUUAUUUGUCUUUACAAUUCUAAUAUGGAAUGCAUUUUUUUAGAGUUUUCUUUAACAUAAUGUUAUGUGGGGUACAUAAAACGAUCAGGUGAUUUCCUCCUAAAAUUAUAAGGAUUUAUAAAACAUCAUCUUUCCCAUGUUGCUAAAUAAAAACACUCUCAAAAUCUGUGGUUUAGUACAUGUUGGCAAAUAUUUGACACUACAGAUGUGUGGUAGCAAGUGAUGACAAAUUACAGCUUGCCAAACCUUCAAGACUGCUAAUAGAAUAUGAGGGGUGGAAAAGAAAGAAAAAUGACAAUGUGCAAUGGCUUCUUUGACUCUGAAGAAAGGCCAGAUGGCUCCUGGUGUUGUGGAGCUAGUCGGUUAUUUUCCUGCACCAUUUUAGCUCAAGUAUCUAGUUUCUUAAUUGUUGCAUACUUGUCCUUGCUGUUCUGUAAUAGAAUUUGCCCAUUCCACUAGGUUUUCCUCUGUCACACAUCACAUUCCACUAUAUCUUCUAUCAGUAUUCAGUGUUUGAGCAAACAAAAUCACUGUAGCUUAUGGAGAGACUGCCCUGACAGCAUAGGCUUGGAGAAUUGUCAAGCCGAGGGUCCUACGUUGUGUUUAUAACUGGCUUAAUAUUUUCAUGAUUAUGGAUAUUCAGUAAUGCUUGGAUGUGUUACAUUUCCCCCUGAGAAAUCACUGUGAAAAACUCUAGGGAAUACAUAGGAUUUGGAAAAUUGUAGUACUGCCUUUUCACAUAUUUAAUUACAUUAAUCAUUUGGGUUAUGCUUUUACCUGGUAUCUGGUUAGUUCAGAACACAUUCCUGAAAUGUUUGUUUGCACGUAAGGUCUGUCUAUAAAAAGGCUGGAGAGGACAGACAGUUGAGAUCCAGAUUCUAACAAAAAGUUUGGAGGCCAUCUAAGGACAUAGUGAAGGCAAUUGGCUUAUAUGAUAUCAGUCGACAUAAUUUUGGUGUUAGCAUCACAAGCUGCAGCUAAGUCAUGAGAUAUUUGAACUGUAUCUUGCUUGUGCACCUGCUUACAUUGCAGAAGUAUUUACUUUUUAAAAAAUCCAGGAACAAUGUCCCAAUCAGGGCAGACGUCCAGUGAGGACUCCAUAACCACAGAAUAUGGGAUGAACAAUUUCAACAGAUGUGGGUCUCAUUUUCAUACAUCUGUGGACUCAGUCUAGACUGCAUCUGUACAUUUUUCACAAAGCAAGGUUAUGAUAGUUUGCUUUACAGGGGAACUGUACUUCCUAGAGGGUUUCUGUAACAUGAAUCUCAUUAUCCAUUCCCCCAUCAUUUACCCCAUACACCACUUGGGAGGUAUCCAGGAACUCUACAUGGUGCAAAAACACAGUCUGGGAACACAUGGAAUCAGAGGUGACAGAUCUAUGUCUUUGGAAACUAGCUCCCACAGCUCUCGAGGCUGUUGUUGCUGUCUUGAGACUGUUAAGGAUUAUGCUCUAAAAAUGUAAAUUUCACCUCUACAUGCAGUCUGUAUAUUACCCACCCAUUACGUAAAAUGGUCAUUGGAAAAGGAAAAAAAGGGGAAGGAGAAUUCCCUGGUAGGAGAGUGGAGCUCUGAACAGGUGCAUUCUUCUCAUUGGCAGAAGGAUACACUGUGACUUGUCGGACUCACUGUUUCUGUCUAUCUAAUAAAGACAUUUAUUUUCUCGUAUUAAACAUCUAAAGUUAUCUGGCAAACCUUUUUGAAAAUGAACACAUGAAGGAGCGUAUCCUAACUCAUCAAUAUAGUUUAGUUUUGCAUUUUCUUUUAAUUCACAGAGUAACCCUGAGUAAGAAGCUACCUGAUGGCACAUAACAAUAUUCUAUGCAUACUACUAUAUAAUUUAUUGAUAAAGUUGCAUUUUGUAGCUUUUCAUUCUAGAUACUUAUGGAAGGUUUGAACGUCAUCUGGAGCAAUUUAUUAGGAAUGUGCCCUUCCAAUAGCUGUCCUUAAUUUAUAUGCACUUAAAUAUAUGGUAUAUGCAAAGUUGUAUCCAGUUGGUGUUAUUCUGUUAGCGGAAAGUUCUGUCACUUCCUGGAGGUUUCUGUCGGUGGAAUGGAAGGGGGGCAGUUUAUGGUGGUACUGGCCUUUCCUGUGUCCUCCCAGUUUACUCUGGAGACUUGGGGGGAAAAAAGAUGGAAAGCAAUGUCACUUCCUUCUGCAUGCUGCCAACAGAAAACUGCUGGAUGAAAGAAACUUCUGUCAGACUAAUAAUUGUUUGCUAAAUCCCUUGUCAAAGUGUGGAAAAUGUACUGUCUUGAACGUCAGACUCCCCCAGGCAGUAUGACCAGUCCCAUAGUGCCUGAGGAUUUCUAGGACUUGCCAUCCCAAGAAAGUCACUUUUCUAGAUUUUGCACAAGGAAACUUGUUUUAUCAUUGUUUCAGAAGUUUCAUAUAUUUAACAUGGAUAUUGUAUUGGUUGAAAAUAUGAUUUGUAAAUAUGUUGUAAUUCAUUUUAACUGGUUGUUUUCAUUGUUUUCUAUCUGUCUUGUUUUUAUGUUUUUUCUGUCUUGUGCGUUAUAUUUUACUAUGUUGGUACUAUUGCUCACCGCCUUGAGCAUUACUUGUUGGAAAGGCAUAAUGCAAGUUUAGCAAAUAAAUAAACAAAAUUAAAAGCCUGUAA